GUCUCUGGUGGCGGCCUGGCCUGGCGCCUACACAGACCUGAUGACAACUUGACACCUGUGUGGGUGUCCUUGUGCACAGACCAUGGACCAGGCCAGGUAAGCUGGGCAGACGGCCCAGAGCCCUUGCUGGCUCCCUAGCCACAGGUGUGACUGGCCAACCAUGAGAACCCCAGGAGUCUGGAGAGCAAAGCCUUGUGGCUGGAGUCCUCGGGGUCCACAAGCAUCCCCAGACAUCUUAAAGAUAGGACCUUCCUGGGCCCAUGGCCAGAGAUCCCAGCAGCUGCUUGUUUGUGCAGCCCCUGAGCUAUGGGGUCAGAGUUCACAGGGGGCAGGGCUCCCCUGGAAGUCAGGGUUUGCAGGGGCAAGGCUGGGCCUCUCAUGUGCUCCCUUCUCUUCCUCAGUUCCACAGGCUCCUCUGAUUUCCAUCUUCCUCAGAGACCCCAGGGGACCAGGCGAUGGCAGCAGCCAGGCUCCUGCCGCCACUGGCAGGACCCCAGCCCCUGUCAUUCCAGGCCAAGGUGACCUUCGAGGAUGUGGCCGUGCUCCUCUCCCAGGAGGAGUGGGACCGCCUGGGCCCUGCUCAGCGGGGUCUGUACCGACACGUGAUGAUGGAGACCUAUGGGAACGUGGUCUCGCUGGGACUUCCAGGAUCCAAGCCCAAUGUGAUCUCUCAGCUGGAGCGAGGGGAAGAGCCAUGGGUCCUGGACGGGCAGGGGACAGAGGAGAGUAGGGGCCCAGGCAGUAGCCACUCAGACAACCUCAAAUGUGACCACAUGACAGCUUGUAUGCGACAAGACAAUUCAUCCUGUCCAUGGGAAUGUGAAAACAAGGGAGAGAACCAAAAUAGAGACUUGAGUCUGAAGCCAUUCAUUUCAGAGGAAAUAAUGAUUCUGGGGAAAACACCCAAGAUGUGGAUUGAUCAAGGAAAUUAUAAAUCUGAGCAGAGCUUCUGUCGGAGUCCGAGCCCUGUUGGCCCCACCGAAGUUCAGGUCUUGAGCCAGAGGGUGCUUCCCACUCAGCACCAGGCCGUCCCUAGCGGGGAGAGACCUUACAGGUGCAUCGAGUGUGGGAAAUGCUUUGGUCGGAGCUCCCAUCUCCUCCAGCAUCAGAGAACCCACACUGGAGAGAAGCCCUAUGUGUGUGGGGUGUGUGGGAAGGCCUUCAGCCAGAGCUCAGUCCUGAGUAAACACAGGAGAAUCCACACGGGCGAGAAGCCCUACGAGUGUAAUGAGUGCGGAAAGGCCUUUCGAGUGAGCUCGGAUCUUGCUCAGCAUCAUAAAAUACACACGGGAGAGAAGCCGCACGAAUGUCACGAAUGCCAGAAAGCCUUCACUCAGCUCUCGCAUCUCAUUCAGCACCAGCGGAUCCACACUGGAGAGAGGCCGUACGUGUGCCCGCUGUGCGGGAAGGCGUUCAACCACAGCACCGUCCUGCGGAGCCACCAGCGCGUGCACACCGGGGAGAAGCCGCACGAGUGCGGGCAGUGCGGCCGGGCCUUCAGCGUGAAGAGGACGCUGCUCCAGCACCAGCGGGUGCACACCGGCGAGAAGCCCUACACGUGCAGCGAGUGCGGGCGCGCCUUCAGCGACCGCUCCGUGCUCAUCCAGCACCAUAACGUGCACUCCGGGGAGAAACCCUACGAGUGCGGCGAGUGCGGCAAGGCCUUCAGCCACCGCUCCACCUUGAUGAACCACGAGCGCAUCCACACUGAGGAGAAGCCCUACGGGUGCUACGCGUGCGGGAAGGCCUUCGUGCAGCACUCACACCUGAUCCAGCACCAGCGGGUGCACACUGGGGAGAAGCCCUACGUGUGCGGCGAGUGCGGGCACGCCUUCAGCGCCCGCCGGUCUCUGGUCCAGCACGAGCGGAUCCACACCGGCGAGAGGCCCUUCCGCUGCACGCAGUGCAGCAAGGCGUUCAGCCUGAAAGCCACGCUGAUCGUGCACCUGAGGACGCACACGGGCGAGAGGCCGUAUGAGUGCAGCCGCUGCGGGAAGGCCUUCAGCCAGUACUCCGUGCUCAUCCAGCACCAGAGGAUCCACACGGGCGAGCGGCCCUACGAGUGCGGGGAGUGCGGGCGCGCCUUCAACCAGCAUGGGCACCUGAUCCAGCACCAGAAGGUGCACAGGAAGCUGUGACCUCGGCUGCC